AUGGAGUCCUUGAAGCGAACACAGGCCUCCCCGCGUGGGAAAUUCUCCCUCCGGCGCCCGUGGUGCCUCGCUGGUUUGAUUACCGCCAUUAUAGUGGUUAUUAUUGUAAUUGUUGUUCCGCUGGCGGUGAUCCUUCCCAGGAACAAUGCACACAAGGGCAAGGCAUCCAAAGUGCUUUUUCCCGUGUACAUCUAUCCUGAAACGAACACUACUUGGGAUCCCUUGUAUGAUGCGAUUUCCACACAUCCUGAGCUUGACUUUGUGAUCAUCGUCAAUCCCUCCAGUGGGCCUGGUUCCUCCACUCCCAAUACUCAAUAUGCGACCGCUGUGCGUCGACUGGACACAUAUUCCAAUGUGCAAAAAGUGGGAUAUAUUCCCACCCAUUAUGCCAAUCGGAAUAUCACUGCUGUCUUGGACGAUGUGGCCAGCUAUGCUAAUUGGACGGCGACAUCGAAUGAACUUGGAAUGGAUGGGAUCUUCUUCGAUGAAAUUCCCUAUGAUUGGAAUUCCACCAAAGCCGAAUACUUGAGUCAAAUCAACGAAGCGGUUAAAAACUCCACAGGGAUCCAAUCACCUCAUUUGAUUAUCCACAACCCAGGAACAAUUCCCGAUUCUCGAUAUGCCGAUAAAGAUAAUACUACGGAUAUCACUGUGGUCUUUGAACAAUCUUACAGUUAUUAUCAAAGUCAGAAAAAGGAGUUGGCGACCCUGGAAACUUCUCAACGCGGGAACUACUCCUACAUGAUUCAUUCAAUCCCCACCAUGACGAAUCACAGUCUGAAAAAUUUUGUCGACGAUCUUAGUCACCGAGCCGCCUAUCUUUUCUUGACCACGCUAACAGAGAAUUAUUAUGAAAGUUUUGGAUCAGGGUUAGAGGAGUUCUGCGAUGCCGUCCCUACCUGA